GAGCCACGUGGGGAGGAGCAAAACCCAGAGGCCCGGGGAACCUUGGGCAGAGCCGAGCCGCGGGAGCCCGAGCCGGGCGCGCGGUUCUUGGAGCGCACCGUCCCGGCGGAGCACCGCCUCAGCUUGCCUUCCUUGCGCAGCGGGAAGAAGAGCCGGUGCUGAAGAGAGCUAGGGUCCCGAGCUCCAAUCCUUCUUCCAGAGCUGCUAGGCUGCCUGCUGCCCCGGCCGCCCCAGUGGGACUCGGGCCCCCCACCCCGGCGCCACCUGCGUCCCGGUUGCGCUAUGGAUCCUUCGGAGAAGAAGAUAUCAGUGUGGAUCUGCCAGGAGGAGAAACUGGUGUCCGGCCUCUCCCGCCGCACCACUUGUUCGGACGUAGUGCGGGUGCUCUUGGAGGAUGGCUGCCGGCGGCGACGGCGGCAGCGGCGGAGCCGGCGGCGGGGGGCGGCUGGCGACCCGCCAGGCCCGGGAGAGCUGCCGGAACCCCUGGACGAGGACGACGAGGACGACGACGACGAGGCGCUGCCCCAGGGCAUGCUGUGCGGGCCCCCGCAGUGCUAUUGCAUUGUGGAGAAGUGGCGGGGCUUUGAGCGCAUCUUGCCCAACAAGACGCGCAUCUUGCGCCUCUGGGCCGCCUGGGGCGAAGAGCAAGAGAAUGUGCGCUUCGUGCUGGUGCGCAGCGAGGCGUCGCUGCCCAACGCGGGGCCCCGCAGUGCCGAGGCGCGCGUCGUGCUCAGUCGCGAGCGCCCCUGCUCCGCGCGAGGGGUCCCAGCGCGGCCCAGCCUAGCCAUGACCCAGGAGAAGCAGCGGCGGGUGGUGCGCAAGGCCUUCCGCAAGCUGGCCAAGCUCAACCGGCGGCGCCAGCAGCAGCCGUCGUCGCCCUGCUCGUCCACGUCGUCGUCCGCAGCCUCAUCCUGUUCGUCGUCGUCAUCGCCGCGGGCCACCGAGAGCGCCUCGGUGGAGCGUAUGGAGACGCUGGUGCACUUGGUGCUGUCCCAGGACCACACCAUCCGUCAGCAGGUGCAGCGGCUUCGGGAGCUGGACCGCGAGAUCGACCGCUACGAAGCCAAGGUACAUCUGGACCGCGUGCGGCGACACGGAGUGAACUACGUGCAGGACACCUACUUGGUGGGUGCCGGGAUCGAACUCGAAGGUACCGGCCCAGGAGAGGAGCCGGAGCCCGAGCCCGAGCCGGCGGCAGCGGCGGCAACGCCGCCGCCCCUGGACGGCGAGGCGAAGGCGGUUGCGCUGGAGGAGCUGGCCCGGCGCUGCGACGACCUACUGCAGUUGCAGGAGCAGCGGGCCCAGCAGGAGGAGUUGCUCGAGCGCCUCUCGGCCGAAAUCCAGGAGGAGCUGAACCAGAGGUGGAUGAGGAGGCGCCAGGAGGAGCUCGCAGCCCGGGAGGAGCCCCCGGACGCCGAGGCAGGCCUCGACGGUGAGCUGCUGCUGGAACGCGAGCGAGUCCGGACGCAGCUCAGCACCAGCCUCUACAUCGGGCUCCGGCUCAACACGGACCUGGAGGCAGUCAAGUCGGACUUGGAUUACAGCCAGCAGCAGUGGGACAGCAAGGAGCGCGAGCUCCAGGGCCUUCUCCAGACUUUGCACACUUUGGAGCUGACGGUAGCGCCCGAUGGGACUCCAGUGUCCAGGGGGCCCUCGCGGGACCCCGGGCCUCAGGCCUGCGCCGAGGUGUGGGUGGACCAGGCCCGCGGACUGGCCAAGAGCUGCCCUGGUAACGACGAGGACUCGGACACCGGGCUGAGCUCCAUGCACAGCCAGGACUCGGACUCGGUGCCCGUGUGCGAAUCCCUUGUGUAGGAGGAGCAGGGUGAGAGGGGGAGACCGCCGCCUCCCCCUUCCUUGAAGAACUCCGGCGUGGCCGGCUCAGGGACUUGAAACCCGGAGGGGAGUGGGCCCCAAGCUUUUGCCCGCCAGCAGCCCUCUGACUGGGCAGGGGGUGGGUGGGUUACGCCGGGCCUGCAGCGGCGCUGCUCAGGCCGCAGAGUGAAAGUGGAGGAUGUUGCUGGACGAGGAAGCUGGGUCUGCAUUACAGGCUCUCUCAGGGGAAGGAAGGAGGGGAGGAGGUGAAAACCCCCUUAUAUUGGAUAACAAACGCCCCAGGAAAUUGACGUGGUCCGAGCCCAUUUUCAAAAAAAGAAAAAAAAAGUAUUAUGGCGAUUUCAUCAAUUUUUUGUAUGGGGAGGACUGAUGGCAGCUAGAACUUUAGUUUGUGGUAUAAAAUACUUUUUAAAGAAACACUUGGGUGAAAAGGAAAUUCCUUGAAUGUUAAUUGUGACUGUGAACGUGUUAAAACUAGCCAAAGAGGACGCACUGGUGUUGGCCUCAGCCUUACAUCUUUGAUAAAAACCCAUAGGCACCCAAAUCCUGGCUGUUUACAUUUCUGCAUAUUUGGGAAUUACCCAUCUGCUAAACUCCUUGCCUUUUAUUUUCUUUCAAAGACUAACUCUGUCUCCUCCUAGCAAAUACAGUAUAUGUUAAAAUAGGGUCCUUUUUUUCAAACUCACCUUUUAUUAUUCUCAAAGCCAAAACUAACCCUUUGAGAUAUAGAAUCAGGGUGGACAUAACCUCUGGUUAAAAUUUAAUCUAGGUCUUUUACGAUUUGCUCCUGCAAAGGUGAUGUGUGUUGUCCUUUUAUUCUUAUUGCCACUUAAUCCUUCAGACACUGUUAUUCCAGAAAAAAAGGGAAGUUGCAGAAUUCAAGUACAACUACAUUUGCUGUUUAAUGAGCACUCUGAUUGAAAGGUAAGCCUUGAAAGCAAAGAUCUUUGUUAGUGUUCAACUUUUUAACUAAGCUACAUGAUUAAAACCAGCCAUGACCUCAACAGAUUUUACCAAACAAACCCAAGUCUAUCUUUGGUCAGAGAUUAAUUAGUUACUUGUCCAAACCUAAAUUGAGAUAGUGUAAAUAUCGAGUUUACUAGAUAAGACCUGAAAAGGAAACAUAACAUAAAACAAUCUAAUAGUACAUCUUAGGUGAAGAAUUUGGUUCACAACGGCACGUAGCCAUAGAUAAAAGCAUAUAAAAUGGAGCUAAAGACUUGAUUUGAAUUGCUCCUGUCUGGCUCACACCUUUGUAGACACCACAGCAUGCAAGCGCAAUGUUUCUCUCUUAAUAGCUAGUGACAGAGCCCUGUGGGGACUCAGUGUAAUUGUUCCAGUUAUUUCAAUGAAAACUUAUCAGUUGUAGCUAGUUGUUGCCGGGGUGGAAGGAGCCUGCUGGUGGUGUUCCCUCCGGAGCUCAGAACUUCUGAGGAAUGCGGGAUCUAAUCUCUCCUGAGGCGGUAUUAACAAUGGGGUGUGUGUGCGGUGCCAGCCUGGUAUCAGCCUCACUGUGUAGGGGCUGGCUCCAGUUUCAAUACUACAUGGGAAGAUAACUUAAGAGGUCUUACUUUGUAGAGGACUUUCUUCCUUGGAGAGAUUCUUGUUGCCAAGAGCGACCUGCUCACCUGACCUCCUCAAACCAUUUGAGCUGUCUCCUUUUAAAGAGACAGGCUUCCCCCCACCCUCCACCACCACCAUGCUAUUACAACGUGUGUAGAUAUUUUCAGAUUUUCAAGCAAAAUGGGAAUUAAAAGGCCGUUUUCUUAAUUGAUGUUUUGCAAAGACAUUAGCUGGCAUAAUUAUGGCUUUUUCAUUUCAUCUGAUGCAGAAAACACCUAUGGAUUUGGUCUUGAGCAUGGUUAAAAUGAGGAAGGGGCCAAAAGAAACCCACUGUCCCCAGACAAUCAUCUGAUCCCAUAAACACAAAGCCUAAUAAUAGCUUUCUUUUGGAGGCAGAGGUAAAAUCCUCAUUAGAGUGUGACAAACGCAACUUGUCUGAAUGGUUUAUGCUGGCAAUAGCCUGACCUGGUGGUUUUAAAAUUAUUGUGCUUUUUUCCCCACCCCCAGGGUGGCAGGGGAGGUGGUUCUUGGACGUUUAUUAACUCAAAAGAGAACACAGAAGUUGGCAGAACAGGACUGCCUGGCAGAAAGGGGCUGUUUUCCUUUUCACUAUUAUUAUUUUAAACUUUGACGGGCUGCUUAUGUCAGCAAAAUAUGCCUGAAGCCCAUAAAGCAAAUAAGCCACAUCACAGGGAGGAGGCCUGCAAGGCUUUCUGGUGCCCUCUUUCUAGAACCUUCCCAUGCUGGCCACCCGAAGGCGCUUCUCCAGCUACCUCUUCAGGCAGUGAAGGAAGUUUUGUUCGUAACAAAGCGUGGCCCAGUCUGCCCAUUUCUCCUUUCAUCCAAAUCAAUUAUUAUAUCCCCCAAAGGCACUUUCUGUGUGUGUAGGAGAAAGGAGAACAGGGUGAAAAAAGAAACAAUGGUUCCUUUUACUGAGAACUCUUGCAAGCCUGAGGAAGGUGAAAUAUGGGGAUAAAAAGUACCAAAACAGUGCCUGUGCUUAGAAAGUGCCUAGCAAACGCUAGAUAGCCUUAACAUUUCAUUCACUUUUAAAGCAAUCAGCAUGCCAGUAAGAAAUGAGGAUGAGUGUGUAACAGUGAAUGCACCAGCACCAGGAUUUAAGUGUGCUGGGGAAACCACCUCCUCUCCUGUGCUCCAAGUCUAGCAGAAUUCCUGGGGAGGAAUCAGCAAGCUUAUGGAGGAGAGGAUGAAACGGAGCUGACUCCUUACUAACCAACUCCAUACUUUUUUGGAAUUGAUAGGAUUUAUUGUAUCUUUGAUCUUCGUGAUCCCAUUCUCGGCCAUCUCCCAAACCAAAAAGAUUUUAUCUGGCAUCUCUGUUUACUUUCUCAUAAAACACGAUAAUGGUGAUGAUGAUUUGCUAAUUAGAAAAUUUAUAUUCUAUAGUCUUUAUGGUGGUCCUUAAAAUAACAAAUAAGAAGGAAGUCACUCAAAAUCAUAUCACCUAAAGUUAUCAUUAUCAAAAUUUGGUAUAUUUCCUCCCAGACCUUUUGAAUUGUGAAGAUUUCAUAUUUUGCUUCUUCUUUUUAAAAAUAUAAUUUUAAUGAGAUUUUCUGAAUGUUUUUAGGCUCAGGUCGACAGACUCCUUGUAUAUGGCUCCACCCAUGCAUUGCACGCACCCCAUUGCAUAUAAUUGUUCUCAUGUUAUUAGGUUGUUCCCAUUUUUUUUUCUAUUAUAAAACAACACUGUGAUAAGCUUC